AUGGCUCUUACAGGCAGGAUUCCCCGUGAAUUUGGAAACCUCUCAUUUCUUGUUUCUCUUGACUUGGGAAGCAACAAUUUCCAUGAAAAUUUGCCUCAAGAAAUGACACGCUUGUGUCGACUUAAGUUUCUUGAUUUAAGUUUCAAUAGCUUCAGCGGGAAGGUUCCCUCUUGGUUUGGAUUCGUACACCAACUUCAAGUUCUAAGUCAUAGGAAUAAUAGUUUCACUGGUUCCAUCCCUUCUUCAUUUUCUAAUAUUUCCACACUUGAGACUUUGAAUCUGAAUUUCAAUUCCAUAGAGGGUCAAAUCCCAAAAGUGAUUGGAAUUCUUAUAAACCUUAGAGAAUUAAAGUUGAGGGGUAACAAGCUCAUAGGCUCUAUUCCCCUAUCACUCUCGAAUGCCUCAAGGUUAGAGACUUUGGAGAUAUCUUUAAAUUCACUUCAAGGAAACAUUCCAGAAGGGAUCGGCAAUCUUCACAACAUGAAAAUGCUAUCCAUACAAUAUAAUCAACUUACGAGUUCUAUACCAUUUACAAUUUUCAAUAUCUCAAGAAUUGAAAUCAUUGCAUUUAUAGGGAAUAGCUUAUCAGGAUAUCUUCCCAAUGAUUUAUGCAAUGGUCUUCCGAAACUCAAAGGGCUUUAUCUAUCCACAAACAGGCUUCGCGGUUAUAUGCCUACAAGCCUGUCAAAUUGUUCACAACUUCAAGUAUUGUCUUUAUCUGAAAAUGAUUUUGGUGGACCAAUACAAAGUGAAAUUGGAAGAUUGAGUAACUUGCAGAUAUUACAACUCGGAACUAACCAUUUCACUGAUCUUGAAAUAUCUUUCAACCCGCUAAAUGGCAUGCUUCCAGCUUCCAUGAGGAACCUUUCUACAUCUCUUAGAAAAUUUUACGCCAGCAAUUGCAUAAUCCAAGGGCGAAUUCCAAAUGAAGUUGGGAAUUUAAGCAGCUAG